CAGUGCUUUGUGACGUAUAAUUUACGGGACAUUUCCACAUUGGAAACAUACUUAGGCGUAUACAAUAAACUAAAGGAGAGUAUUGAUUAAAACAAGUGUUAGGCUUCUUGUCAUAAUGGCUUUCACAAAUCUCUUUGCGAAUCUUUCUCACAAUGGUGCGAAGAUGAAUGAUCAGCCGUCAGUUACAGUCAGGGGCGACAUUGACAAGGUUCAAAGGAGUACAAGAGGCAAAAGGAGGACGAGCAGAGGCGAGUCACAUGAUCCUCGUAUAAAGAAAGAGGAGAGCUUGCUCAGAGCACGCUGCCUGAGUUCCAUGUCAGUCGAUGGAUGCUUAAACCAGCCCAACUGUUCAGUACAGGGGUUGCAGCAUCAGAGGCAAUGUAACUGGACAAAAGCGAGCAGAAGUGAUUUUGAUACAUUUUCCCAAGAUGAUCAUCCCAAGACUUUAGACUACCAUGUGCAGAUCACUGAUCAUGAGAAGAUGAGGGCUGGCUUCACUGAAAGGGUAGCAAAUAACUGUGCCAAUGAGGCCUCGCACAGUGGCCAAAAAUGUAAAAUAAACCACAGCAUGAACCAGCAACAGCAGAGAAAACGCACCAAGCGCCAAAAAGGUCAACAACAGGAGCAAGAAUGGCCUCAAAAUCGAGCACGAAGCCAUCCUACAAAAAGUUCAAGGAAACCUAAAACCAGAACAGAACCCAGAAAGCAUAUGAAGAACAGAAAUAAGACUCAGCCCGACAAAUAUUUCUCACCAGAGUUCAGGGAGCAGAACAUUGUGCUGGUGAAUGAACAAAUUGUCUGCCGACAUUUUCUUCACGGGAAGUGCAUCAAGGGUGACAGCUGUCAAAUGCAGCACAUCGAAGCGCGGAAUGAUCUCAUCAAAAAGCAUUGCAAGUAUUACCUACAAGGAGCCUGCGUAAAAGGGGACCACUGCCCGUUUAUGCACAAGUCCUUUCCCUGCAAAUUUUUCCAUAAAAAAGGAAAGUGCUCUAAAGGAGAGGACUGUCGGUUUUCUCACGAGCCACUUAAUGACAUCACCACAAAAUUGUUGAAUGAGGUCAUGGCGUUAGAGGUGGAGUAUGCGAAGAAAAAUGAGCAGUCUUCAGUUCAGCCCGUGACAGGAGAUGAGCCAGAGGUCACGCAAGUUCCCAAUCCUCCUGUUAUACAUCAAGAAGCAAAUAAGGGCUGUGGUGAAUUAGUACAGCCCUUCAAGUUUAACUUUUACAACAGUGCCGAACCGAAUGCAAAUACCAAGGAAACGUGUCGGGCUGAACAAGUGGGGGAUGUCACUAAAGAAGAUGCUCAGGCAUGGGAAGCAGCUUGCCAGUCUCCGUCAGUUGUCCCCUCCCCCGGGCCGCCAGUUUUAUACUCUGUUGAAGCAGUGCUGGGACUAAAGUCGUCCGCUGUCUUCAAAACUCCCUUAAGUCCAAAUCUAACCACGCUCUCUGUCCUUCCUGCCUCCUCUGGCUGUGCUGGCUUGGCAAACCAUUGCGAAGUCCCUUACUCAGUUGACGUCCACAUGGCAUCUAAAUCCACAGAGUUGGGUCGCUCACCUACCACUGCUGCACCAAUGCCACGGGUGGAAUCUUACACUCCCACAGGCCAGCGGAGCUCUGCGAGCCGACAUAACAAAGCCUCAGAUUUAUCACGUCCACAAAAUGAGCCUUGGAGAGAGACGACAGCCUGCCAAGUGGCUCAAGAGAUUCACUCUGACGAUACACCAGUGCCGACUUCUACGUCGAAACUCACUCAAGCGGAGAAGUGUGCAGAUUACAUGAAAACCGGACGCACAAGACAUAAGAGCUCACUCCAUUGUCUUGAAAAAGAGGAAAAGCAGAAUCCAACAACAGACACGACAUCCUCUGUAGACUGCGCUCAACAGCUCAAGUCCAGCAAGCUGGACUUCCAAAGCCUUUUUUCUAGCCCCCCUCAUCUGUUAUCUACCCCCAAUCUGACAAAUGAUUUCUAUCCUUUUAAUCAGUCACCUCAGAGGUCCACACCGUUCCAAGAGAGUGCCUCUGUUCUAACUGCACUUAUCAACCCCUCCUCGGAAACCGCUGCUUGCGGGAACCCCAACAAUCACCUUCCCCUGCAGGGCCCGUAUUCCAAAAACGCCAAAUCUGCUCUCACUUCUCCGGCACCACAGGCAUAUUGUUCAAGUGGAACCACAACACAGCGUAAAACUGAGACUCUUAGCCUCCCGGCACUCGGUUGUAAUAAAACCUUGAAAACGCCAUUUAAAAGCCUUUUUGCGAGUUCAACAACCUUAUCCACCCCCCGACACUUUACCCAAACUGUCUCUGCUACUCCUCAGUGGACUAAUAUCAAAUGCCAACAUUCUACCACGAAAAGGACUGCCGAACCAGCCCAGGCCCGUGCGAAUUCUCUGUGCAGCCUUUUCGCCACCCCUCCCGCUCUCCUCUCUCCACCAUCCGCGCCUCAAACAAACCAUUCAUACCAGCCAGAAGAUACGGCAGCUCUUUGGUCAGGCGCCGCUCAAAGUGACGCUCCUAUUCCCACCCUAGUCUCACAAGCAGCAUCCCACGCAGAAAAUGACAGAUUAGUUGAUCCAAAGCAGCAGCAGACUCAAGAAAAUGCUCACAGGGGGAUACCCACCAGCAAACUGGCAACCCAUCAGCGGCUCCACGGCGCGCAUCCAUCCGUUGAUUCUUCACCAGCAGCCACUUCAAAUUCAGUCCUGAAAACACUCUUCCUGUCCCUGAGCCCGUAUCAGCAAGACAGCCAGUAAUCGAAUGCCAUCUCUUAUUUGUGCCACAUUACCUGUUGAGCGUGGUGCCUGGCUGGAGCCUAUCCCAGCUGACGUCGGGGGAAAGGCGGACUGCAUCCUGGACUUGUCGACAAUCAGCCAGAGUGCACAUCGUGGGAACCGAACAACCGAUGCUGCUUGCACUGAAGUGUCCGGAAUGUAAUACAUCAGCAUCAGUGAUUGUCAUGGUGUAACUACGGAGUAAAUAAAACAAGUGCUUGCAGCUAAUGGCACAAAUAUUUUCA